AGGGAAGUAAAUUUUCAGAAGCUACCGUCGGUCUUCGGGUCUGGAAGAAGGAAGAGCUCGUCGUUUUCGUCUUGGUGUGAACAACUGGUAGAUCUGAUCUUCUUCAUGUGAACAACUGGUAGAUCUCGUCCAUCUUUGUCCAUCGUCUUCGUGUGGGUCUCUCCCAAUCCAACUGGAGCUGGAUGCAUCCCAUCCAAAUUCAAUUUACCUACCCAUUUUUCUCUCAUUGAUCUGCUUUCGUUGGUAGUUGUCAGAUCCUGGGUUUUUCAAUAUUUUCUCUUUCCCUCUCUCCACCUAAACUUUACAGAUUCUAUUAGUAGAUUACAACGUUGAAGUAUUGAACUUUCGGGUAGUUACUCAUAAAAUCGCACAUAUCCGAACCAGUGGGUUCUUCUGGCUUCUUGUUUUCUUGGGGGAAACUGAGGAAGAAAUGACUUUACACACUUUGGAUAAGACCUUUCAUUCUCGUUUAUUAUUGCUAGAGGUAGGAAAUCAUCACAAAGGAAAGUCCUCAAACUAUCUGGUAUGAAAGAAUCGAUGAAAGACGUAGCGUAAGCUGCUUCAUCCAAUAAUGGUUUUAGCAUCCCUUAAAACCCAGAAAUGAGAUUAUUCUUUGGAAGUUGGAUUAGCAUAAUAAAGGAAUCCACUCGAUACUAAUAACUUGCAGUUGAACUUUUCCGUGAAGCAUAUAUUGGGUUUGCAUGGAAACUCUACUCUGUCCCUAAACUCCUCACUUGCUAUGUCAAUUGAUAAUACAAAUGUUAUCCAAUUCAGAGCCCCAUUACAGGCAACUCUGUCAAAAUAUAUGGUGGGUUGACUAGGAACAACAAUCUGUAGGAGGGACUUUCGUCUUCUUACGGGUUGAAGACACUGGGAGCAACUCUUGGGUGGGACCGUGGGAGGGAAUUCAAUUCUUUAGGGAGGGAACGCUGCGUUUUGAUCCAUACGAAAUGCACAGUUUCAUUUCCACGUGGACGCCCGGUUACGCCGAGGUUCCCUCAAGCGGCUGCAACAAGAAUCUCUCUUUAAUUUUUCUCUCGUUUCCUUACUCGUUGAACGACCUCUAUUCCACUUGUUUUGUCUUAUUCUAAGCUCUAGUCCACUUAUAUUCAAGCCCCUCGUCGACUUCUCUCUCCCUCUGGUCUUUGUUAGUGUGGUCGAUAUUCUUGGCCUUUUGUCUCUCUUAUGUAUUGGACCUUAGCAGUAGCAGUAGUUUGAGUUUGUUGGGAGAAGAAAAUGGGGUUCUUGAGCUCAGAUCAUAAGGUUGUCUAUGUUCUUGUUCUUGGCAUCUUGGUCCUGAAUUCCUUCACUGCUGGGUUUGGAACGAACGCUCCACCCUUGCCACAAAACGAAGUGAAAGCUCUGAAAGCAAUAUCCAUCAAAUUAAAGAACUUCAAUUGGAGUAGCAGCGAAAAUUUUUGCCAGGUUAGGAAUGUCAACCUGACAGAUACAAUCGACGCUCCAACUCGUAAUGCCUCAUGCGACUGUAAUACCACGGUUUGCAGCAUCACAGGAAUUCAACUGAAGGAUCUCAAUUUAACUGGAGUUCUACCGGCUGAAUUUGGAGAAUUGACUAAUCUGCGAAUACUCGAUCUCACUCACAAUUAUAUCAAUGGAUCAAUUCCCACAAGUUUUGCUAAGCUCCCUCUUGUCAGUUUGUCCCUUUUGGGAAACCGGAUAAGUGGAGUUCCUCCGGAAAUUGGCGACAUUAGUUCACUCGAGUGGCUGGUCUUGGAAGAUAAUCUGCUUGGAGGACAACUUCCUGAAAGCUUCGGAAAUUUGAGCAACUUGAGAGGACUCAUUCUUUCUGGAAACAAUUUUACAGAUGCAAUACCGAAAACAUUUGGCAAUUUAAAGAAUUUAUCUGAUUUUAGGAUAGAUGGGAGCAGAAUAUCAGGGAAGAUACCCGAUUUUGUUGGGAAUUGGAUCAAUCUUACAAGACUUGAUAUGCAAGGCACGGACAUGGAAGGCCCCAUUCCUUCUAGCAUAUCCCAGUUGACGAACUUAGAAGAAUUGAGGAUAUCUGAUUUGAAAGGAUCAAGUAUUGGAUUCCCUAAUUUGAAGGAUUUGAAAAAGUUGAAAUAUCUGGAGCUUAGGAAUUGCUUAAUCACUUCUUCAAUCCCAGUUUAUAUUGGAGAGUUGCCAAAAUUGAAGAGAUUAGAUCUGAGCUUCAAUAAUAUCAGUGGCCGAAUUCCAGAUGAAAUUGGAGCAUUGCAACUAGAUUUUAUGUUCUUAAACAACAACUCGUUAAGUGGGAAAGUACCUGAGUGGGUAUUGAACAAAAAAAAAAACUUGGAUAUAUCUUACAACAAUUUUUCUGGGUCACCAACUCUUUCUUGUGAAGAUGAGUCAUUUGUGAAUAUGGUUUCCAGUCAUUCAUCUCUUGGGGACAACUCCAGUUGGUGUUUGAAGAAAGGCCUCCCCUGUCCAAGAAAACCACAAAAUUAUGAAUUGUUUAUCAAUUGUGGAGGGCCAAGGAUCACAUUCAUGGGGAAGGAGUAUGAAGAGGAUUCCAAUAGGGGUGGCUUCUCGCAAUUUAGUUCUAGUUCUGAUAAAUGGGCUUACAGUAGUACAGGGGUUUUCAAUGGUAACCAAGACACUAGAUACCUCGCGGAGAGUUCAGGUUCUUUGAACGUGACUGGCCCAGAAUUCUACCGAACAGCCCGACUUUCCCCACUAUCACUUAAGUACUACGGCCUUUGUUUGCGAAAGGGAAGCUACAAAGUAAAGCUCUACUUUGCUGAGAUAAUCUUUUCUGAUGAUCAGACAUUUAGCAGCCUGGGGAGGCGCAUAUUUGAUGUCUCAAUUCAAGGGAAUUUAGUUUUGAAGGAUUUUAAUAUUAUGGAUGAUGCUAAAGUUGCUGGUAACGGCACCAUCAAGGAAUUUGAUGUUUCUGUUGAAGAUAGCACUCUGGAAAUUCAUUUGUACUGGGCAGGGAAAGGAACUACUGCCAUUCCUUACCUAUCUGUCUAUGGUCCUCUUAUUUCUGCCAUUUCAGUGGAAGCAAACUUUGAUGUUUCACGCGGUCUAUCUGCCGGAGCUAUUGCUGGCAUUGUACUUGGGUCAUGUGUGCUCCUUGUACUGGCUUUGGCAGCUCUCCGUAUGAAGGGUUAUCUGGGGGGGAAAGACCUUGACAAUAAUGAACUACGUGGACUAGAUCUACAAACAGGUCAUUUUACCUUAAGACAAAUUAAAGCUGCCACCAGUAACUUUGACCCUGCAAAUAAGAUAGGUGAAGGAGGUUUUGGGCCAGUUUACAAGGGUGAACUAUCAGAUGGUGCUCUAAUCGCUGUUAAGCAGCUAUCCUCCAAAUCAAAGCAAGGGAGCCGUGAAUUUGUCACCGAGAUAGGCAUGAUAUCUGCACUACUGCACCCAAAUCUUGUGAGGCUCUAUGGAUGCUGUAUCGAAGGAAACCAGUUGUUACUAAUAUAUGAGUACAUGGAAAACAAUAGUCUUGCCCGUGCACUCUUUGGUCGCGAGGAGCACAGGCUACACUUGGAUUGGCCUAUGAGGAAGAAGAUAUGCUUGGGAAUAGCCAGGGGGUUAGCUUAUCUUCAUGAGGAAUCAAGAUUGAAAAUAGUUCACAGAGACAUAAAGGCAACAAAUGUUCUCCUUGAUAAGGAUCUAAAUGCCAAGAUAUCUGACUUUGGUUUAGCUAAGCUUGAUGAAGAAGAGAACACACACAUCAGCACAAGAAUUGCUGGAACAAUAGGUUAUAUGGCUCCAGAAUAUGCAAUGAGGGGUUACUUGACCGACAAAGCAGAUGUUUACAGCUUUGGAGUAGUUGCCUUGGAGAUUGUUAGUGGGAAGAGCAACACAAGUUACAGGCCAAAGGAUGAGUUCGUUUUUCUUCUAGACUGGGCCUAUGUGCUACAAGAGCAAGGAAACCUUCUAGACCUAGUGGAUCCAAGUCUUGGGUCAAGCUACUCCACUGAAGAGGCAAUGAGAAUGCUCAACUUGGCUCUCUUAUGCGCCAACCCCUCUCCAACUCUCAGACCAUCAAUGUCUUCCGUAAUAAGUAUGCUUGAUGGAAAAAUUGCAGUUCAGGCACCAAUAAUCAAGCGCAGUGAAACAAACCCCGAUGCAAGGUUCAGAGCCUUUGAGAAGCGAUCCCAAGACAGUCAAACUAAUAUCUCUUCAUCGUCUCAAGACAGUCGCAGUCACAUGCGGAAAGGCAUAUCACUGGAGGAUGGACCUUGGAUUGAUUCCUCCAUCUCUCUCCCCCCUAAGGACGACACCCGAGAGUACCAUUCUUCAUCGAGCAAGCUUCUCACAAAUCUUUACGAUGUUAAUUUGAGUGAUUAAUAUUAAGGAAGAUGAAAAUAAGAAAGAUUAUGGCAUUCUUUCUUGGUCUUUCUUUAGAAUAUUCUGUUGACUUAUGAUGUAAGGACAACAGUUGAAAGAAGACUGUUGUUAGUUAUUUACCAGAUUCUAGUGGUUGUGUGUGGCCACUUGGGCGGUAUGGAUUUCGGGCCACCCCUUGGGAUGGUUAUAGUAUUGAUUUUUGUUUUAUUUUUAAUUUUAAAGAUUUUAUCGAAAAAAUCGUGUAGUUGAGAUUUUUGUUAUAUGGUUAUAUCUAAUAUUCUUGCAUCA